CAGAGCGGCUUGACGGCCAUUACCGGUGGUACCGGUGCUAAGCGUCGCUUUGUACACAGUAGCGGAUCCUGCGGCUUGUCAGUGCGUUUACUUGUAAACGAGGAUUUUCGGUGAAUAUUCAAUCCGUACGAGAUGGUUGAUGUUAAAAAUAAUUCGGAAGUGUUGACCGACGCUGAGGCUGAGCUGUACGAUCGUCAAAUACGUUUGUGGGGUUUGGAUUCACAAAAACGUUUGAGGGCUGCGAGAAUCUUGCUGGUUGGCCUCAAUGGUUUUGGUGCCGAAGUAGCGAAAAAUAUCAUUCUCGCUGGUGUCAAGUCCGUGACGUUUCUCGAUCACAAAAACGUCUCUGAGGCAGACACUUGCUCGCAGUUUCUCGUGAGCAAGACCGAUAUCGGCAAAAACCGAGCCGAAGCAUCGCUGGAAAGAGCUAAAAAAUUGAAUCCUAUGGUGGAAAUUGUAGCUGAACCUGCAGAUAUUGACAGCAAAUCCGUGACAUUUUACAGCGAUUUUGAUGUUGUCUGCGCCACCGAAUGCACAAUAUCUCAGCUCAUCAAAAUUAAUACAGCCUGCAGAGAUCAUGCUAUCAAAUUCUUCUGCGGCGAUGUUUGGGGAACUUUUGGUUAUACUUUUGCAGACCUUGGUGUACAUGAGUUCGUUGAGGAUGUUGUGCAGACCAAGAAAAAACCUCGGACAGAUAUUGGUGAAUCGGCGAAUCUCAAGGAGAAGAUCGAGAGUUCCACAAAUGCUGUAAAGAGGACCGAGAUUUUUGUUCCUUUCGAGCAAAUUUUGAACGAAAAAAAUAUUCCUAAAGAUUCCGAGAUGUAUUAUCUUAUGCAGAUAAUGCUCAACUAUCGUGAAAUCUAUGGCAAAGAUCCUCUGCCAACCGAGAGAGAUUCACAGAAUUUGGUGGACGAAGCCCUCGCUGUGAUAAGCGAAAACAACCUCGACGAGAGUAUAAAAAAUCUCAUUAAAGGAGAUCUCUACGCACAAAUAAGUCCAGUUUGUGCGAUCGUAGGUGGUGUUAUGGGACAGGAAAUAAUAAAAGCGGUAUCACAAAAAGAAGCGCCGCACAAUAAUCUCUUUCUAUUCGAUCCUGACACGCACUGCGGCAAAAUUUUGCGUCUCGGACAUUAGCCAAUAUCACGAAAAAUGACGAAAUCGCUAAAUUUGCCAAAAUCUCAUACUCAUAUACAAUCCAAAGUAUCACGUUUCAAGCACAAGAAAAAAUCGUUCCGAUGUAAGAUAAUAAUAAAAAUAAUUCGCUAUUUCGCGAAGAGCAUACUCGAACAAAUCGUAGGAUACUUUUUUUUCCAAUAGAAUCCAUUUUUCCUCGAUUUUUUUUUCUGUCAAACGAAAAAAAAAGAAAAAAGAUUCAAAACUAUUGGUUAAAACUGUUGCAUUGCGAUUUCUAUUUUUCUUGGAUUUCGAGGGACUCGAUUUGUUCUAAAUUACUCAGAUCGAUCGUUUUUCAUUGAAUUGUGCCAAUCACAUUUUUUCAAAUUUUCACAAAACUCGCUAAAAACGCUCUUUAUAUGUGAAGAUUUGGGAAGAAUCAAUACUCGACUAUAUUAAUCAAUAUAGCAAAAGGGCGUUGGGGUUUAAAAAAGAAAAUUGGAAAACUCCGUUGUGAAUGUUUUUGGAUGCUAAAACGAGUCUAAGCGAACCGUGAUUUUCAUAUAAAAAUUCAACUGACGUUCAUUGAACUGAAUAAUCAAUGAAUAAAAAGAUCGAGAAUCCUCGCGAAACUCGAAAACAAUGAUUUCUCAAACGAUACUGCAUUUACGUACAAAUUUUAUCCUGAUAUACAAAAUGUAACGGAGACAGUGCGAUCACAGAGUAAAAAUUUCGAGCAUAAAUUUAGUGAGCAUUGACUGAGUAUAGUGAGAAUCAAAGUUACUCAUUCAUCGGCGUCAAAUGAAAUGAGUAUUGUUUUGGAAUGACACUGUACGAAUUUUACGGAAUUGCGAAAAAUGUAAAAGUACGUGGGAAUUUUCCGAACGAAUCGAUUCAUUAAAUCUGAACCAUUGUAUGAAUUGUUAUAUAAAUUACUGCGAAUAAAGAGGUCGUACUGCCUUAAUAA